UUAGCAUUUCAAUACAGAUUUUCUUAAACGGGGGUCGGUGACAAGUGAAAGAAGUCUUGGUCAUCAUCAUCACCUUCUCUCUUUCUCUUUCUCCAAACUUCCCACCACUAUCUUUUCUUUCUUUCUUUCUCGCCGUUGCUCUGAAGAAAUCCUUCCUUCGUCCACAAGUCACUUCUUUCUCUUUCCUCCUCCUGUUUAUUGCAGAUUUCCUCUCAUAGGAACCAUGCUUGCCACUUCAAACAUGACAUCAUGGGGAGUAUCUUCAGAUAGCUUGGAGAGAAGUGCUGCAAAUGUGCCCAACUCUAAUAAUAAUGUGGCACAACCAUCUGGCAGCCCCCCAAGCCGAAUUUCCCCCCCAGGUCCUGUUGCUAUUUUGUGGGAUAUUGAGAACUGCCCUGUCCCUAGUGAUGUCCGUCCUGAAGAUGUUGCUGGGAACAUCAGAAUGGCAUUACGGGUCCAUCCUGUAAUUCAAGGUGCUGUUACAUUGUUUUCUGCAUAUGGGGACUUUAAUGCAUUUCCCAGGAGAGUUAGAGAAGGGUGCCAGAGGACAGGAGUUAAACUUGUGGAUGUUCCGAAUGGGAGAAAAGAUGCCGCUGAUAAGGCUAUUUUGGUUGACAUGUUUCUUUUUGCCCUUGACAAUUCCCCACCUUCCUCCAUCAUGCUGAUCUCGGGGGAUGUGGACUUUGCUCCUGCUCUGCACAUUCUUGGUCAACGUGGGUAUACUGUGAUCCUUGUUAUUCCUUCAGGAGUGGGUGUUUCAUCUGCCUUGUGUAAUGCUGGUAGGUUUGUCUGGGAUUGGCCUAGUGUUGCACGUGGAGAGGGUUAUGUGCCUCCGAAUUUGGACCCUCGUGGGGGAUAUGAUAAUGCUGGGUUUUUGACGGGUUUCCAUAUAAGUGAGAAUAUUGAUGGAAAUGACGAGGAAGCAAUUGUCUAUCGAGGACUUUCGCAAAGCUAUUACAACUCAAGGGAUUUUACAAUAGUUUCUCAGUCUAUAUCUGAGUAUAACACUUGCACUUCAGCUGGUUUGCCUGCCUUUACCACGUCACUAAGAGCAAAUUCUCUUUCUUCUGGUUUGAAUGAGGUUUCAGGCCCUACAACAGGUUCUAUUGCUGUAAUUGACCAAAAUAGUUCAAAUCGGUGGGUACAAGUACAACCUGGCGAUGUAAACAAUUUGAAGGCACAAUUAGUAAAACUGCUUGAAUUUUCUGGUGGAUGUAUACCCCUGGUUCGUAUUCCUGCGGAAUACCAAAAGGUGUUUGGUCGGCCUCUUUACAUUGCAGAGUAUGGAGCGUGCAAGCUUGUGAAUCUCCUCAAGAAAAUGUCAGAUGUGAUUACUGUAGAGGGGAAGGGUCAGAAGAAGUUUGUGUACCUUCAGAGUGUGAGGGCAGGCCUUUGUGCUCCUUCACUUGCACCAAAGAGUAAUAAGAAAGGGAAAGAAGUUCAGGAAGAGAAUAUGGAAGCUAAUGCUAUUUGUGGCUCAUCUGAUGAGUUCUCUGAUGAUGAGAGAGUGGUUGUAGAAGAUCAAGAGCGAAGAAGUGCUGCAGACAAUUCAACUUUGAGUACAGCAGCACUAUUUGCACUAGAAGACCAGAACUUGUUGCAGUUUAAGCAUGAGCUGGAGGAGAUAUUAGUGAGCUAUUCAUGUGGGAUAUUUUUGAGUUAUUUUGAAAAUAUAUACCAGCAAAGGUACAAGAAGCCUUUAAACUACCGAAAGUUUGGGGUAAAUGAGCUGGAGGAAUUGUUCGAGAAGCUGACAGAUGUUGUGCUUUUGCAUGAGGAUCCAGUGACUAAAAACAAAUUCCUGGCUCCUGCUUUUGGUUAAAGGCUUUUAGCAGCCUUGAGUUUUAGUUUGCACCUUGAUAAGAGAAUCUGUGCCUGUGCUUUGAUGCGGGUCAUCCAUGUGCCUUUUGAAUUUGGGAAGAAAUUGGUUUCACAUGUUAAUUUUAUUCUGCAUGUGCCCUAUAUGUUGCAAAGGUUACGACGAGGUUUUUUUUAGUUCAGAGUAACUGGUCAACAUGUUGAUAAGUUGAUUGAAAUAAGCUUGUGUAUAUUGUUGUGGCAUUCUAGUGGCAAAUUUUACUUAUGAUCUAUUAAGCGAUGAAGGUGGUUGACUGUGAUGCAAAGCAUGUUGAAACCAUAAGGGAACAAAAAUGUAUUGACGCCUUGACGGUGCACUUUUCUUUUAUCAUAUAUUAUAGCGGUGUCAUCGAAAGUGCAUUUAUCAUUCUAAAUGAUUCAGAUUGGCACCAAAGCAUUAUUAAAUCCCGCAAAAGUGUUAGGUGACACUUUAUCGUGGAGCCUGCGGUGUCCAUGCCUUCCACUUUGAUUGUUAGGCUACAUCCUUUCCAUCAAGUAACUGUGAUUUUUCAGGAAUCUGCAGGUGCCACAACUGUUGUUUCAAAUUCAUUUCAGUGUUCGUUUUUCUGCUUUACUCGUCUAAACUGCUGGAGAGGAGAGUCCUUGAUAGACCUUGUCUGGUGAUCGAUGCAUAACCCUUUUUAUUCUCUGUAUCUGUUGCUGGGUUUCUGGAACAUGGUAGUCUGAUUUGGUUGGUGCAUAAGCAUCUUGAAACCACAGAUUUGAGAAUCUUCAUGAUGAUUGUGGAAAUUGACAUUAUUUUUGUCAUCAGGAAUUUUGGUGUUGACAAAUCUGAUUCUGUAGCAACUCUAUAUUUGUUGUUGAGCUACUUUCACGGUGCCAAAUUAGAAAUCCUUGGCACUAAGUUUAUUUAUAUGAGACAAAAGUUAUAUCCUCUGUUUGUAUUUAGUUGCAAGUUUGCAACACUUCUAUUUCGGCAA